AUGACCAUCAAUACUGCGCUUUACCGCGGGAAACCUCACUCGAGGCAUGGGGUAAUACCUGACCCGCUUCUGUUGCGUCAUCCAUCAUCUACCACUUGCUUUGGGUGUCAAAUGGAUUUUAGGAAUGCAUUAAAUUUAGUCUGGACAAUCUCUGUCAUUCUCGCAUGGAUACAGAGGCUCCGAACGCUCGACUUGCGGAACGUUUAUUGGACUUGGGAACGCCAGCACAGUUUCUCGACCGGACCUGGCGUCCUCUGUGAUAUCGGACCCUUGUUCUCUGUAUACGUCUACUCGAAGGCCUUCACUGGAAAAGCUGGAAAAGGCGUCUGUGCUAUGCCAACCGACCCUGUCCGCCCGUGUCUACGCGCUUGGAGGGAUGUUCCGUGGAAGUUGCAACUUGCCAUGCAUGCUGCUACUAAACCGUUUAAGGGCAGGGAACUUAAGUUCUUUAACAAGGUACAGCUCCCACAUUCGAAGUCAAACCUGACCCUUCGUAAAACGACGGUACAGCGAAUGAUCGCUAUCAGCCAUCUCCCAAACUACGUUGUUUCUCUUUUGACCCAAGGCAAGAGUUGGUCGAUGCUUGACUGGCUGUUACAAAUAGGGACAGCUUGGCUGGUGCUCCGCUAACCCCAUCAAUCAAUCAUGGUGCUAGCUUUUCUGCGCCGUUUCCCACCAGCAUACACCAUCACUUGUGCUAGCACUGACUCCGCUUCGGUGGGCUGUAUCCUCGCCACUAACGAGUCCAGUCUUCAUCUUCACGAACGGUUACAUAUGAUACCUCAUCCGCCUCUUUUGAACAAUGUCGGAAACUUCCUAAAACCCUUAUAAGGAAGCCGGCAAUAUAAUGACCGGAUAAGCGACGGCUCGGCAGGAUAUGCGGCAUGUCAGGUCCGGGUUACCGUAUCCGUAGUAACCCCCUUAAUAUAAUGUCAUUAUAUGCAUCGUA